UAAUAGAUUUGCACAUUGUUUUGAAUAUAUUACAACAAAAUUAAAUUCUAUUUAUAAGUGUUUAAUGGAAGAUGAAUCCGUUCAAGCUAUUCUUUUACCGGAUAAUCUUGAAGAACCAUAUCUAAGUGGUAUAAAUUAUAGUUGUAUAAUGCCUGGAAAACGAUUUCAAUCAUUUUCAAAUCUUUCUGGUGGAGAAAAGACACUUGCCACAAUAGCUUUUUUAUUUGCAAUUCAUAGUUUCAGACCGGCUCCAUUUUUUAUAUUAGAUGAAAUCGAUGCAGCUUUAGAUACUAUAAAUAUAAAAAAUGUUGUACGUCUUAUACAUUCUAAAAAAAAUGAAAUGCAAUUUAUUAUAAUAUCUUUAAAACGUGAGAUAUAUUCAUGUGCUGAUGUUCUUAUAGGAGUUUGUUCUGAUACCACUGGAGAAUACCCAGAAAGUUUAGUAUUUACACUUUCAUUGGAAAAAUAUCUUAUAUCGCAUGAAGAAUAAUUUUUAUUUCGUAAUUAAAUUAAGAUUUUAUUUUUAAAAAAUUGCUAAUAUAUUUAAAUUUA